AGAUACUUCUAUCUUCUGAUUUGCUUCCACUAUGAUCCCCCUCGCUGCGCUGAGGGGCCCGGGCGUCCCCCCUGGCCGGGUUUCCGGUCUUUCGGAUCUACACAAAAUGAUGCGUAACACGCUCGAGCUUGAACACCAAUCCACCCUCUAGCAGAUCUACACCCUCCCCCGCUUCGACAACUUCUUCCGUCGCUGCAGUGAGCAGACCGCUCCCAAGCGGUGAUCCCCAUCAUCGGUCAUCAACGUACACCCGGCCUGUACCUCACGACCGCACACCUUGAGUGGAUUAAGAUGCACUACUUGCCGAAACUGCUCCCCCAACUCGCCGCGCAAGAGACACCCACCACCGACGCGCCAGCGCCUACGCAGCCGCCGCCCGUUCCCGGCAUCCCAGCGCAUCCGGCCGAAUCGCACAUGCCCGGAAACAGCAUCGCGCCCACCCGACAUCCGCCGAGGCAGCGGUGAGGUCCUGGCCACAGCUUUGCGCCGUCCGCGCGCGUGGUCGCGACCGGGACGUGCGGCAGAGCUGAGCGGGCGCGGGAGUUUGGGACCGAGGGGGGGGGGAGCUUUUCUUUGGAGUCUUGAGCUCGAUUGGGGUAGAUUGUUGUGAUUUGUACUGAGCGUUUAGAAAGAAAAGGGGGGUAGGGUGGUUCUGCUAUGGCGCUGGUGUUGUGCUUGUAUACGGCUGUACGAGGGAGUUUUUUUUUGAGCUAUGCGUAGUUGACAGUAGGUGGGUUUGGUAGAGGGUGGUGUGCUGAGGGAACGGAUGUUAUCAUCUCGAAGCGGGCAGGUUGGGUUGGGCUUUGUUUGAAGGUUUAGGAGGGUGACGCGGGAGGAGUUAACCGGGUAGCACCCAAUGCUUUCUUGGUUGACGUCCUCGAGUCGGGCUUCUGCAUAGGCUUCUCCGAGACAGCUAAAUGUUGACCACCUCCCC